AUGGAUGCUGAUCACUUGAAUGUCAUACAACUCCACAUUACACCAGUCCCAACCCCAUCCCCCAGACCUCCACAUUACACCAGUCCCACACCCAUCCCUCAGACCUCCACAUUACACCAUUCCCAACCCCAUCCCCCAGAACUCCACAUUACACCAGUCCCAACCUCAUCCCCCAGACCUCCACAUUACACCAGUCCCACACCCAUCCCUCAGAACUCCACAUUACACCAGUCCCAACCCCAUCCCCCAGACAUCCACAUUGCACCAGUCCCAAUCCCAUCCCCCAGACCUCCACAUUACACCAGUCCCAACCCCAUUCCCCAGACCUCCACAUUACACCAGUCCCAACACCAUCCCCCAGACCUCCACAUUACACCAGUCCCAACCCCAUCCCCCAGAACUCCACAUUACACCAGUCCCAAUCCCAUCCCCCAGACCUCCACAUUACACCAGUCCCACAUCAUCCCCCAGACCUCCACAUUACACCAGUCCCAACCCCAUCCCCCAGACAUCCAAAUUACACCAGUCCCACCCACAUCCCCCCGACCUCCACGUUACACCAGUCCAAACCCCAUCCCCCAGGCCUCCACAUUACACCAGUCCCGACCCCAUCCCUCAGACCUCCACAUUACACCAGUCCCAACCUCAUCCCCAAGACCUCCACAUUACACCAGUCCAAACCCCAUCCCCCAGGCCUCCACAUUACACCAGUCCCAACCCCAUCCCUCAGACCUCCACAUUACACCAGUCCCAACCUCAUCCCCAAGACCUCCACAUUACACCAAUCCCAACCUCAUCCCCAAGACCUCCACAUUACACCAGUCCCAACCCCAUACCUCAGACAUCCACAUUACACCAGUCCCAACCUCAUCCUCAAGACCUCCACAUUACACCAGUCCCAACCCCAUACCUCAGACCUCCACAUUACAUCAGUCCCAACCCCAUCCCCUAGACCUCCACAUUACACCAGUCCCACACCCAUCCCUCAGACCUCCACAUUACACCAGUCCCAGCCCCAUCCCCCAGACAUCCACAUUACACCAGUCCCAAUCCCAUCCCCCAGACCUCCACAUUACACCAGUCCCAACCCCAUUCCCCAGACCUCCACAUUACACCAGUCCCAACACCAUCCCCCAGACCUCCACAUUACACCAGUCCCAACCCCAUCCCCCAGAACUCCACAUUACACCAGUCCCAAUCCCAUCCCCCAGACCUCCACAUUACACCAGUUCCACAUCAUCCCCCAGACCUCCACAUUACACCAGUCCCAACCCCAUCCCCCAGACCUCCACAUUACACCAGUCCCAACCCGAUCCCCCAGACCUCUACAUUACACCAGUCCCACCCACAUCCCCCAGACCUCCACAUUACACCAGUCCAAACCCCAUUCCCCAGACCUCCACAUUACACCAGUCCCAACCCCAUCCCUCAGACCUCCACAUUACACCAGUCCCAACCUCAUCCCCAAGACCUCCACAUUACACCAGUCCCAACCUCAUUCCCAAGACCUCCACAUUACACCAGUCCCAACCCCAUACCUCAGACCUCCACAUUACACCAGUCCCAACCUCAUCCUCAAGACCUCCACAUUACACCAGUCCCAACCCCAUACCUCAGACCUCCACAUUACAUCAGUCCCAACCCCAUCCCCUAGACCCCCACAUUACACCAGUCCCACACCCAUCCCUCAGACCUCCACAUUACACCAGUCCCAGCCCCAUCCCCCAGACAUCCACAUUACACCAGUCCCGAUCCCAUCCCCCAGACCUCCACAUUACACCAGUCCCAACCCCAUUCCCCAGACCUCCACAUUACACCAGUCCCAACACCAUCCCCCAGACCUCCACAUUACACCAGUCCCAACCCCAUCCCCCAGAACUCCACAUUACACCAGUCCCAAUCCCAUCCCCCAGACCUCCACAUUACACCAGUUCCACAUCAUCCCCCAGACCUCCACAUUACACCAGUCCCAACCCCAUCCCCCAGAACUCCACAUUACACCAGUCCCAAUCCCAUCCCCCAGACCUCCACAUUACACCAGUUCCACAUCAUCCCCCAGACCUCCACAUUACACCAGUCCCAACCCCAUCCCCCAGACCUCCACAUUACACCAGUCCCAACCCCAUCCCUCAGACAUCCACAUUACACCAGUCCCAACCCCAUCCCCCAGACAUCCACAUUACACCAGUCCCAACCCCAUCCCCCAGACAUCCACAUUACACCAGUCCAAACCCCAUCCCCCAGACCUCCACAUUACACCAGUCCCAACCCCAUCCCUCAGACCUCCACAUUACACCAGUCCCAACCUAA